GGAAACUAUAAAAGCAAUCUGCAGAUCGUCAAUCAAAUCCAACAUGUCCAACAAAUCAGUCGUUAUCAGUAAAUUUGGUCAGCCUACCGAUGUCGUAAAAGUGGUAGAGACUGUCCGUCCCAGUGUUGGUCCUGACCAAGUCCUCGUCAAUGUUAAACUUCGUCCGAUUAAUCCAGCAGAUUGCCUUUCCAUUAUGGGUGCAUACCCUGGUUACAAACCCCAGUCGCAUCCAUCCACUCCAGGAUUGGAAGGGUAUGGUGUUGUUGCUGAAGUGGGUGCCAACGUUACUGAUGUCAAGAUUGGACAGCGAGUUGUGCCAUUUUUCAAUGCUUAUGAAGGCAUCGGUUCUUGGCAAGAAUAUGUCAGGGUUGGAAAGCAUGAUUUUGUGAAUGUUCCCGACAAUGUUUCAGAUGAAAGUGCUGCCCAACUGAUCGUCAAUCCAGUAACUGUGAUUUGCAUGCUCGAUCAACUGAAUAUUCCAAAGGGAGAAUAUCUGUUGCAGAGUGCUGCCGGAUCUACUCUUGGGCGUCAGACCAUUCAACUUGCCAAGCAUCGCGGAAUCAAGACUGUCAAUCUUGUUCGCCGUACUGCCCAGAUUGAAGAACUCAAGGCUAUUGGUGCAGAUAUUGUCGUCAGUACAGACGGUCUUACUACCUCGGCUGAGAUUGCUGCAGCAAUCGCACACUCCAUGGGUGGUAAGAAACCUUAUGCAGCCAUUGACUGUGUUGGUGCUGAAGUCACGUCGGCCAUUACGAUGUCUAUUCGUGACAGCGCUACAGUUUUGGUGUAUGGUGUUCUCAAGGGUGUUGAAGGUGCUGUAUUCGUCCCAUCGCUUAUUUUCCGCGAUAUUACCGUCAAGGGAUUUUGGCUUGGAUCUACACUUAUGAAGAUGUCGAGUGCGCAGCGUCAGGCUGCAUGCUCAGAAGCCAUGGAUCUUAUGAGCAAGGGCAUUGUUGCUCCUCAUAGUGGUGAGAUUUUCCCAAUGGAUCAGGUUCUCCAAGCCAUUGCCAAGAGCAACGAAAUGGCUCGCAAUGGAAAAGUGCUUCUUUCGUCUUGAGCAGUUUUGAUGACUUGGAAUGAAUUGCUGUAGUCCUUGAUGCAAAAGUGUGCAAGCAUUGCAGAUUUGGUUGAAUCAAUAUCUCCAGCACAAAAAUGAAGAGGCGAAGCAAUUUAGUGUUGAUCAAAUCAG